AUGGCGAACACGGGGACUACAGACCUAAGUUGGCUGCCCUCAGAUGCAGAUGAACAACUCGCCUUAGGAUUCAAAAUUGUCACCAACGCUUACAAGACUAGGGUUACGUCCCAGGAGGCAGAAAUCAGAUCUCUCAAGGGACAGCUGACGGAAAAGCUUGAACAACUCUCGUCAAUACAAAAAAAAUAUAGCAACCUGGAAGUUCAGUUAAUUGAAUCCACACAGAGAGGAAACCAGCUGGCGGACGAAAACAAGCAGUUAAUAGCAACCAUAAAGAAGCUGAAUAGGGACAUAGACCGACUGGAGAAUCUUAAAAAGGCCGUCCUCAAUUCUAUCCAGGAGGAACAUGAAGUGGAGGAUGCACAUAAAUACUAUUCCGCGGACGACAUGCUACACACGACCGCGCCGAGAACGAUGCUCGAGAUCAAUGGCAAUGAGGACUCAUGCCAAACCCUAAUUAACAAAAUUGUUAAUUCGGAUGCGCACAACAUCAUCAACGGGAAUUUCAACUCGCCCUACCUGGCAGCAGGAACCGCCGGCGAGAAAAACACAGACGGCAGGGCCUUCUUCCGCAACGCAAGAAGCAGACUGACAUACGAGCAGUUUAACCAGUUCCUAUCCAAUAUUAAAAAGUUGAAUAACCACCAACAGAAGAGAGAGGAGACGUUGAAAAAAGCGCAAGCUAUAUUUGGCGAGGCGAACUCUGAUCUGUACGAAGAAUUUAAAGUCCUCAUUUCUAAGCAUUCUUAG